AUGCAUCUUAGUGAAGCUAUCGCACAAAGACGCUUUGUUUCGACUUUCAUCAGAAACUACUCGGCUCUUCAUGCCCCGGAACAGUAUCUACCGCGCGAUAUCAUUCCAGAUACAUCCGAUGAUAACGAUGCUGCGGAAGACCACGGUGGUGGAAUAUCGAUGCCUUACUUUGGUCAUUCGCGUCCUUCAAUCGACGAUUACAACAGUAACCUCAUACUGCAGAACUUCGUCGUGGCGGACAUCAGCCACAAUGUGAAUCACGUUUUCCUCUACGACGAGCGCGCUCAGGGCAAGGACGCUAACGCACUUUGCAGCUUGCGACUCUUGUUGGACAAUUGUGUUGGGCAAAAUAAGUCCAAAGCUGUUCUGAUGUUUUUCUCAAUGCUCUCGAUUGUGUUCCCCUACAGAAAAGUUGUUUUAUGCUUUCUGCUUCCGGUGCACUCUCAUAACGUUGCUGAUCGUGUCGUUGCCUGGUGUCGUAAGACAACUCAAGAUUUGAAUUUGUACACGCCGUCCGACCUUUUGAAGGAAGUGAACAACGUGAAGGGGGUGAGCGGUGUGUUCUUUGAUCACAAUGACCCAAAGAGACCGUUUUUUGUGGGAUGGAACGAUUUACUCAGCAAAUAUUUUCUACCACCACCGUCCGGGUACACUGCUAACUAUUUGUUUGAGAUUGAUCAAGGUAUUUGUACUGCUCGCAAAACGGUUGACUCACCGGACUCUGAAUCGAUCUCGUUCGCAAUGAUGAGCACUGACAACGUCGACAGCAUUCGGAAAGCGGUCUUGGCGGAACUGUUUGGGCCUGCAGUCACAAGCAUCUUUCAGGCGUCGAUUGCGUCAGUCCAGCUUCGGCGUCACCGAUCAAAGAGCUGCCGGAGAAAAAAAUGA